UAUUCUGAAGACUUUUCAACACAAAAGGCACGUCUUAGGGACUUGGACAACCAUUUUCUUCCAGUGAUUUUAGUUAAAUGAACUAUGGAGGUUUGUAACCAUGGAAAACCAUCAUAAACACAACAAGUUAACAAUGUUACGCGUUUUAUUUUUCUGCAUCUUCUCCACGUUCCUAUUAUCUAUACAAGGCACCCUUACUCUCACUCCAAAUGAAUCAAUCCAAGGCAAUACGACCAUGGUUUCUUCUGCUGGAACUUUUGAAGCUGGAUUCUUUCAGUUUGUAAAUUCACAAGAUCAAUACUUUUGUAUAUGGUACAAGAACAUAUCACCAAAGACUAUUGUGUGGGUGGCCAACAGAGAUGCCCCAGUGAAAAACUCAACAGCCUUUUUCACAUUAACAGAACAAGGAGUUCCUGUUAUUCUUGAUGCCUCAGGGAGUGUUGUGUGGUCCUCCAAUUCAUCAAGAACUGCUAAGAAACCAGUCAUGCAGCUUCUAGACUCGGGAAAUCUUGUUGUGCAAGAUGGAGACAGCACAAAAGACCUUUUGUGGGAAAGUUUUGAUUACCCUGGUGACACUUUCCUUGCAGGAAUGAAACUUCGUACAAACUUUGUGACUGGUCCUUUUAGGUUUCUCACAUCUUGGAGAAACACAGAAGAUCCUGGCUUUGGUGAGUUUUCGUAUCACAUAGAUGCUCAUGGCUAUCCUCAACUGGUUACUACAAGCGGAGAACUUUUGAUCAGUAGAGGAGGGUCAUGGACCGGCUAUGCUUUCACUGGAGUUUCAUGGAGAAGAACGCUUAGACUCGUAAAGUUUUCGCUUGAGAGUAACGGCAAGGAAGUCAUUUACCAAUAUAAGACCUUAGAGGCUGAAACUAUUACAAGGUUAGUGAUCAACCCAGCUGGUCUUGUGCAACGUUUGUUAUGGUCGGGUGGCAGCCGGGGUUGGGAGAUUUUAUCCACUCGUCCCAUGGAUCAGUGUGACUAUUAUUCCUUUUGUGAUGUGAAUUCACUGUGUAAUGCAUGGAGAUUGUGGAUUGAAGAAAAGCCAGUGGAGCUAAUAGAUGAGGUAUUAGAUUAUCCAACCACACCACUUGAAGUACUUAGAUGCAUUCAUGUGGGUCUAUUAUGUGUGCAACAAACACCACAAAACAGACCAAACAUGUCCUCUGUGGUUUUGAUGUUGAAUGGUGAAAAGGUAUUGCCUGAGCCAAGUCCACCUGGGUUCUACACAGGAACAACUCAGUUUCCCAUUCAGGCAGAAUCUUCUUCGAGAAGUUGUGGAGAUAGAUCACAAAACGAAGUUACAAUGUCCUUGUUACAGCCACGAUAG